AUGAGAGGAAAGAAGUACUUUAUGGCUGUUAAAGUUGAUUUGGAUAAAGCUUACAUUCGUUUAAAUUGGAAUUUUAUUCGUAAGGGGUUGGUUGAAAUCAAAGUGCCUGAUAGAUUAACAGAUUUAAUAAUGACAACAGUGUCUUCUCCAAAGACCAAUUUGACUUGGAAUGGCAGCCUAUCAGAGGAGUUUCAACCUAGUAGAGGUGUUAGACAAGGUGAUCCCCUAUCACCUUACCUAUUUGUUUUAGCUAUGGAGAAGCUCUCUCACAUAAUCGAGACUGCUGCGAAUGGUGGUUUGUGGAAGCCAAUUAGAGCUGGUAAGGGGGGACCAAAAAUAUCACAUAUUUUGUUUGCUGAUGACCUGAUGCUGUUCUUAGAGGUUGAUGAAGAGCAACUUCAUGUUCUUCUUCGGUGUCUGAAUCUCUUUGGUGACAUAUCAGGCCAGAAAAGUGACAAGACCUUAUAUGCUGGAAUUGUUGAUAGAAUGAAGGAGAGACUAACCAGCUGGCAAGCACAAUCACUUUCCCAAGCAGGUAACAUACAAAAUGUAUUCAACUGGAGAACUGGAAACUCUCAUCUUUGGAAGCACUUGUGUAAAGUUUGGUUCAAGCUCAAGCCUAGACUGAUUUGGGAUGUUGGAGAUGGAUCAUCUGUUAACUUUUGGGAAGAUAAAUGGCUGGAUCAUGGAGAGAAUUUGGCUAGCAAAGCCAUUGUCCCUAUUCCCCAAACAAUUAUUGGUAGGAAAGUUAGAGAGUAUGUUGAUAGUGAUGGAUCCUGGAAUCACAGGGAGCUAUAUAGCCUUCUACCUCAGAAUUGCAUUCAAUCAAUUAGAAGCCUUCUUCCUCCUUAUGAUACAAAUGGUCCUGACAGACUUUCAUGGAGUUUAGAUGGAUCUGGUAGGGUCACAAUUAAGCUACUGUAUAAUGCUAUUCUUAAUUAUGAUAGAGAGGAUUAUCAUAAUAAUGAAAUAUGGUCUGUUAUUUGGAAAAUUAAAGGUCCUAUUCGGAUCAUCAUGCUCUUUUGGAAGAUGGUUCAUCAUCGUAUUCCAACACGAUCCUUGCUGGCGAGAAUGAAUAUAUUGUCUGCUACUUGUCCUUAA